AGAAGAGACAACCACAGUCAUAAUGUCCGCAGAAUCAGAGACGUUUACCUUCCAGGCCGAGAUCACUCAGUUGUUGAGUUUGAUCAUCAACACUGUCUACUCCAACAAGGAGAUCUUCUUGCGUGAGUUGAUCUCCAACGCCUCCGAUGCUAUCGACAAGAUCCGCUACGAGUCUUUGUCCGACCCUUCGAAGCUUGACUCUGGUAGGGACCUCUACGUCCGCCUCAUCCCUAACAAGGAGGAGAAGACCCUUACCAUCCGCGAUACCGGUAUUGGUAUGACCAAGGCUGACCUCGUCAACAACCUCGGUACCAUCGCCAAGUCCGGUACCAAGGCUUUCAUGGAGGCUGCCAUGUCUGGUGCUGAUAUUUCCAUGAUCGGUCAGUUCGGUGUCGGUUUCUACUCUGCUUACCUCGUUGCCGACAAGGUUGAGGUCACCUCCAAGCACAACGACGACGAGCAGUACAUCUGGGAGUCUUCCGCCGGUGGUUCCUUCACCAUCACCCAGGACACCACUGGUGAGUCCCUCGGCCGUGGUACUUCCAUCAAGCUCUACUUGAAGGAGGACCAGCUCGAGUACCUCGAGGAGAAGAAGAUCAAGGAGAUCGUCAAGAAGCACUCCGAGUUCAUCAACUACCCCAUCCAACUCGUUGUCACCAAGGAGACCGAGAAGGAGGUCCCUGCUGAUGAGGAGGAGGUCGCUUCCACCGAUGAUGACAAGAAGGCCAAGAUCGAGGAGGUUGACGAGGAGGAGGAGAAGAAGCCCAAGACCAAGACUGUCAAGGAGACCACCACCGAGAACGAGGAGCUCAACAAGGUCAAGCCUAUCUGGACCCGCAACCCCUCCGACAUCACAGAGGAGGAGUACGCCGCUUUCUACAAGUCUAUCUCCAACGACUGGGAGGACCACCUUGCUGUCAAGCACUUCUCCGUUGAGGGUCAGCUCGAGUUCAAGGCUGUUCUCUACAUCCCCAAGCGCGCUCCCUUCGACUUGUUCGAGUCCAAGAAGAAGAAGAACAACAUCAAGCUCUACGUCCGCCGUGUUUUCAUCACCGACGAGUGUGAGGAGCUCAUCCCCGAGUGGUUGGGCUUCGUCAAGGGCGUUGUCGACUCUGAGGACCUUCCCCUCAACUUGUCUCGUGAGGUCUUGCAGCAGAACAAGAUCCUCAAGGUCAUCCGCAAGAACAUCGUCAAGAAGGUUCUCGAGAUGUUCGCUGAGAUUGCUGAGGACAAGGACCAGUUCAACAAGUUCUACGAGGCCUUCUCCAAGAACUUGAAGCUCGGUGUCCACGAGGACUCCCAGAACCGCGCUACCCUCGCCAAGUACCUCCGCUUCACCUCCACCAAGUCUGGUGAGGAGAUGACCUCCCUCCAGGACUACAUCACCCGCAUGAAGGAGCCCCAGCAGAACAUCUACUUCUUGACUGCUGAGUCCCUCGCUGCCGCCAAGACCUCUCCUUUCCUCGAGAUCUUCAAGAAGAAGGACUUCGAGGUCAUGAUGAUGACUGACCCCAUUGACGAGUACGCCGUUACUCAGCUCAAGGAGUUCGAGGGCAAGAAGCUCGUCAACAUCACCAAGGACGGUCUCGAGCUCGAGCAGACCGAGGAGGAGAAGGCUAAGGCCGAGGAGGAGGCCAAGGCUUACGAGACCUUGUGCAAGUCCAUGAAGGAGAUCCUCGGUGACAAGGUUGAGAAGGUCGUCAUCUCCAAGACUUUGACUUCUUCCCCCUGUAUCUUGUCCACCGGCCAGUUCGGUUGGUCCGCCAACAUGGAGCGUAUCAUGGCUGCUCAGGCUCUCCGUGACUCCUCCAUGUCCUCCUACAUGGCUUCCAAGAAGACUCUUGAGGUCAACCCUUCCAACUCUAUCAUCACUGAGUUGAAGAAGCGUUUGGCUGACGGCUCUGCCGCUGACAAGUCCGUCAAGGACUUGACUGUCCUCUUGUACGAAACUGCCUUGUUGUCCUCUGGCUUCGCUCUUACCGAGCCUGCAGACUUCGCUUCCCGUAUCCACCGCAUGAUCGCCUUGGGUCUUUCCCUCGGUGACUCUGAGGAGGCUCAGGAUGAGGAGAUGCCCGAGUUGGAGACUGCCAACGAGGGUGGUGAGACCGGUGGUCUUGAGGAGAUUGACUAA